CAGCAAUGUUUGAUCAAGAUGGAUUUGCACUUACCUUAAGAUAAACAAAUAGUUCAUCUUGACAGCAGCAUCCCAUCCCAUCGUGACCCAACUCGUCAAACGACGACGAACAGCACAGACAGUGCGCAGAUGGCUGCAAUACCAGCUGGCGGCAAGUUUGGCAGUACAGUGAAGGAGAAAUUCAAGUCCCUUGAGUCCGAGCUCGUUACUGAGCACGAUGAUGAGGUCCGCCGGCUGAGCGAGGAAAACGCAGAGUUGCGGAGACGAGUUGAUACUGUUUUCGUGGCUCUGCAGCCACCAGGCGGCCUGGGAUGUGUAGACGAUGCCCAGUGCCAUGCACUCUGUGCGAGUCCUUGGGCGAACAUUCUUCGGAGCAAGCCGGUGGCGUUGCCGGUGACUGAUGGUGAAGUGCAGCGUACGUAUUGGGUCCACGCGGUUAUCCUCGACGUCAUCCCGCACUUGCAGGCGUCCCGCACCCGUUGGUGUACUGACCCUUUUGACCAAGUGGAGAUCCAGCACCUCCCUGCGCGGUGUAGCCAUGUGGCGUUGGGUGUGCUUCUGUGCAGGUUAUAUUCGCCGUGCCCAUGGCCAGAGCAGAAAUGGGGCGCACUCGGUCCCACAACAAUCCUUGAAACGACACUUCUGGCAGACAUGUGGGACCUUGCAGAUGUUGCAGAGGAGGCUGGUGCCGCAUUGAGAUUGACUGCGACGACCAAGGGUACGUUCCUCGCCAUUCGUCAGUGUCUGGAUGCGAUUUCACCACCACGUUCGCUUGCAGCCUUUGUUGGCCACCGCCCGGCGGUUUCAACCAUGUCAGACACCGACGUCUGCCAAAUGGUCGUGAGUGUUGCCACCACUGCGAAUGAGAAGGCGCAGCUGGUAGCAAAUGACAUACUUGAAACUUGGCAGCUCUAUGGCUCCGCUAUUGAUGGCCCACUGUGCAACGCCCUUAGGAGCGAAGACCUCAUAAGCGUGUCCGAGAAGCAUUUCCAAAAGAUGGGGGAGCUUUACGAAGGCACCACCAAGUUUAAGAGCAUAGCAGGGUUUGUCUGGUUAUGCACUUUACUUGAAGCGCAUGCAAAGGCGCGGCCUGGGUGCCUGGUUGAUAUGUUGAGUGCAUUGGAGUGUGCUGCAAAUAACCUGAAGGUGAGCCGUUACCAAGGCUACAGGGCAGAGUACACACCUGAUGCACCGUCGCUCAAGGCAGUGAGCCACCACAUUCAGACGCUGUUGGAUAUUGGGUCAAAUCAUGCUGACGCGGGAGACUUAUCAAAAGACGUUCUUGGACAGGUUGCAUUGCGCCACGUAAGUGCUGUACCUGGUUCUGUCAUCGCCGCAGUUACUGAUGAGUUCCAGCAGCGAUUCGUUAACGCUUGCAGCGGCGUUGAAUGGUACAAUCAUGCCCGUCUUCAAGCAUUGCGUGGGUGCGCGCGUGUUUCCGCGAUUCGAAAGUUGGCGGUAAAACUUGGCGAGCUCAGUGACGAUGCAGCAGAAUUUGUGGGCACGGAAUUGUGCAUGCAUGCCGCCACGAACGAAUGAUUAUACAUCACGUGUUCGUUGUUCGCCUUGCGGCCAUCACCUGGACAGGCCACCCCUCCUGAGCAACUCAAGAAACGCCUAGAUUAUUGCACGGUUUCUGUGAAGGUUGAUGUAGGGAGCUUCGUAGGAGUUUUAGAGAGUGAAUUUUCCCACAGUUAGAUGCGAGGAUAGUGCCACCCACCGCGGGUGUACAAUGGAGCCGACUGGUUCUCGUGAUGUUGGUGCAGUUCAAAACUCUUUCGCUACACUACUUCCGAGUUUUCUUGACCCAUGCCCCUCCCUCUUUGUGAUCUGUUCGCUCCAUGUGGAGACAGCGUCGAUGCCGCUGGCCCCG